AUGUUCCAAAGAAAACAAGUUCUGCCUCUGGUUCUCAUUUUCAUCCUGGCCCUGGCAGCUCAAGCCACCACCAUCGCUGCAUACCGUGUCCUGAGAGAGAAAUCACAGCCACAAAGAGGAAGCUCGGUGUCCUUGACAUCCUCGAUGCCUGGAGCGUCUGGCUGCACAUUUGAUCCCAACAAUCCUGGAGGAAGAUGCCCACACCCAUGA